AUGUGGCUGGUGGGUUACAAUGAAGGUGGUGAGUUCAACAUGGCUGAUUAUGCAUUCAAUGGAAGGAAACUCAGGCCUCGACUCAUGCCUAGGCCAAUGACUUCACCUAUCAACACUUCAACUACAAACACUCCUUGCUUGAGCCUCAUUCAUGACAAUGAUUUCUUUUCACAAUAUCACAAUCUGGGUAUGUUAGCAGAGCAGAGCAAGAGAGAGUUCAAUAAUACUCCACCAGUUGUGGUGAGUUCAAGGUGGAACCCUACCCCGGAGCAGCUAAGAGCAUUGGAAGAGUUGUAUAGAAAAGGGACAAGAACACCAUCUGCAGAGCAAAUCCAGCAAAUAACUGCACAACUUAGAAGAUUUGGAAAAAUUGAAGGGAAAAAUGUUUUCUAUUGGUUUCAGAAUCACAAAGCAAGAGAAAGGCAGAAGCGCCGCCGUCAAAUGGAAUCAGCUGCUGAGGGUCACCCCCGUGACUUUGAUACUAAAAGAAAGACUUAG